GGAGUAGGUCAUAUGAAUAUAUGAAAAGAGAACCAUAACCAUGUUAUUUUGACUUAACAAAAUAAGGUUAUGAUUCGGAUUUUACAAAAUUGUCUCUUAAAACACAAUCCAUUAGAAUCAUUGAAGUCAAUGAGUACAACAUUGGAGAUCAAAAAGCCGCGUUAUAAUGGCAAAACAAAAAAGAGAAGAUGGGAAGAAAGAAGAUCUGACAAAGGAGAAGGUCUUUAUUCUGAAAAAAAGACAAAAACCGAUGAGCCCUUUGUGAGAAUCAAAAGAAGGAAGUAUGCUAUGUUGCUAGGAUAUUCUGGAGCUGACUAUUUUGGAAUGCAAAGAAAUCCAUUUUCUAAAACAAUAGAGGAGGAUCUAUGUAAAGCACUACUUAAAGCUGAAUUGAUAACAGAUGAAGCGUAUAAUCAAAUGCAAACUAUUCAAUUUCAGAGGGCUGCUAGAACAGACAAGGGUGUUUCAGCUGCAAGACAAGUAGUAUCUCUAAAACUGCCUGAAACAGUAGAUUUGGAUAAGGUUAAUAGUUUUUUGCCAGAAACUAUACGUGUAUUUGCAGCUAAAAGGGUUACAAAGGGUUUCAAUAGUAAAGCACAGUGCAGUGCCAGAACAUAUAUGUAUAUGCUGCCUAGUGUUGCAUUAAGCAAUUCUACAAUUCCAUUAAAUCAAGAAGGGUACCACCUAAGUGAUGAAAGACAUAGUGCAGUUAAUGCAUUACUUAAACAAUUUGAAGGAACUCAUAAUUAUCACAGCUACACAAAUAAAAAGAAAGCAAAUGAUCCUAGUGCAAAGAGAUAUAUCAUGUCAUUUUAUUGUGAAAAGCCCUUCACUAGAGAGGGAAUGGAAUUUGUAGUACUGAAAGUAAAAGGGCAAAGUUUUAUGCUUCAUCAAAUUCGAAAAAUGGUUGGAAUAACAGUAGCUGUAUUGAGGGGCUAUGUAACACAGGAAAUAUUAGACAAGUCAUUUACCAUUGAAAAAGUUAAUAUUCCAAGAGCACCAGGUUUAGGUUUAGUACUCGAAGAAGUGCACUAUGAUCGAUAUAAUUCUAGGUAUGGAACAGAUGGCAUUCAUGAAACAUUGGAUUGGAAGGAAUGUGAAAAUGAAAUAAAUGAAUUUAAAGAAAAGUACAUUUUCCCCAUUAUAAUUAAUACUGAAGUAAAAGAGCACUCUUUUGUUAAUUGGAUGGAAGGCAGACUAAUGAAUCAUGAUUUUAACAAAGUAGAAGAAGAAAAUUCUUUAAAACCAGAAGAUAAUGCAGAAGAUGAAGAAGAACAAAGUAGUGAUGAUGAGUGUGAAAAUGUUGCUGAACAAAAUGACAAAGAGCAAGAGGAAAAAAUUAAGGAAGAAAAUAUUUCACAGUGUCAUAGUGAUAAAUAUGAAGCUAAAAUAUAAUGACAAUUUCUUUUUUUAUUCAAUAAAUGAAUUUGGAUUUUA